AUGGUAUCUCCAGGCGCAGGUCCUAUGACUGCCAUGACGAUGUGCGUCACGGAUGCGCAUCGGCUAGAUAAAUCUGUCAAAAUAGAUUCAAAACUUACCUUUUAUAGAAGAUACGACCAUGUCGCAUCAGCUGUGCCGGAGCAGCGCCGUAUAGGCGCGCGUCGAUGCCAAAAACGGCAUGAAUUCCAUAUUUUCUCCUUCGAACAGAAGCAGGGCACGGUGAAGCUGCGAGCUACACGAGUUUUCUUCAUGAACGUACAAUACGAAAAGAACUCAGUGACACCUCGGAAAAACUUGGGUACAACGAGUGAAACAACUGAUAGGGCGCUGCGAGCAGGUUUACCACCCGGUGACCUCACUGGCACGAGCGCUUCUACGCACCCGGGCAGGGCUCCUGUUCCGUCAGGAAGCGAGGUGUCCGAUUGGACCAGAACGUCGGCACCGGGGAAGCCGCUUCAAGCAACGACGCUGGGGAAUACGACGAAGAGACUGACACGCAAGAUCUCCGCGGCGUUUUCCUCUGACGUCGAGGCAGCGGUUCUCAAAGCGAGCAAGCCCAAGUACACCGCCCCGAAAGAGAAAUAUGUUCUGACGCUGUUAGCUUCACUGCAAGGGUGCGGUGAUGCCCUUUUUUAUUUGCUUGAGAACACGCAGACCGGUGGGACACCCGAGGCGCGAGGCACCGACGCGCUGACCCACACCACGACUGGUGGCGUGCCGCUGGAGCCGGGCCCCGAAAGCAGCAGCAACAAUAGCAACAGCAACACGCCUGCCCCAAGAAAGACUGCGGUGGCGAUCUUGAGCACAAAACCCCAGUACGGCCUCAAUAAGGUAUCGACAUUCCACGUCCAGCGGCUUCCACAUCAUCGUCAACGGAAUCCCCCGACGGGUACCUGGUCCAGCGACGGCGGCGAGCGUGCCGAAGACGUUGCACUCGCCGUCGAACGCAUGCUGCUCUGCGGGGACAUUGUUCGCAAGCUCUGGCGACACGGCCAGGAACGGGACUGGCGGAUUGUCUGUAAGGUUCUGAUGGUGGCGCAUCGCCUCAUGCGCGAUGCAGCGCAUUACGCAGAUAGUGUGGCGUUUCGCCUCUGGGCGACCUACUACGAGCGGCUGCAGCGUCCAGCGCGCAUCCACGACGUCGAUUCGGACGACGCCUGCAGUCACCCGGGGGCGACACGUUCUCAACGGACAGCGAGCGACUCGCCGAUGCUCAACUUACUGGAGCGAUUGGCUGCGCAUUCAAGCGGCGUGUCCCCUCGCGGACAACGUGACUGGACGCGCCGUCUGAUCACGCGCUCGAGUCAGGCUGGUGCAGCGACCGCCAGUGGAAGUAGCGUUUCUAGCGAGACAAAUGCUGAACCGUUGCCUGCGGUUGCACAUCAUGUCAUGAGUUUGGAAGCUGUGGCGCGGGCAUUCCGCGACGAAAGCCGCACCAGGCCCGAAGCAACAGCGUGCUCGCUCUUUGUCAGAGAAUACGCUCGGUAUCUCUGGACACGAUUGGAAAGUUUUCGCAUCCUCUACCUGGGCGAGCGUCAGGAAUCGAAAAUUUUGGAUGAGCUCGGCGAUCGUUUCGCAUCGUUACCUCCGGCGGCAGAGCGGACGCCCUGCUGUGUCGAUGAAAUGGGGGUCGUGUCGUCGAGACUCGGCGAGGAGCUCUCGGAGCGCGUCCCGUUCGAGAGAGCGCUUCGAGAAGUCAUCCCAGUGCUGCUCUAUGAACUGAACGCAGUCACAGAAGUGCGCCUGGAGAGCGUUGUAGAGGUGGCGACAAGUCCCGUGCCGCACGCGCACGUCAACGAAAGCAUGGCCUCGGUGAACGUCCAUAAUGAAAUCAUGCAAGAGGCUGCGCGACUUAUCGUUCACGACGCCAUGCAGCUGUUUGCAACCUUGAAUCAGAUGAUGGAAUCUGUGCUGGAACAGCAGCUCUUGCUCGGAAGCAAUCACCUGGCGCUGAUGCGUCGAUCGCGUGCCCUCUAUCGAAGCUUUGUGGACGCGACCAAUAGACUUCGAGAAUGGCUUGCGAGCAUUCAUCGAUGCUUGCUCGGUUUCGAUGCUGCAUCCGCACACGACAAACGACACGGUCGGCGUGCGCUCGGCAACGCCGCUGCGGAUGCGAUGCUUCGAGGCGAACUCGAGCACGCGCCCCUCGACCUCAUCGCGCGGGGCUGGUGGGCGAAUCUCUCCGAUGAAAAACCAGAAGAAGAUCAUGACGGUAGCGGUGACGGUGAUCAUCGGUGUCGAGCAUCGGAUACUGGAAACGUCCGCACUGCAGAGCGCAGCGAAACGAGAAGAGAAUCGUCACACGCAGCGGCAGCGGAAGGGCGCUCCCGCGGGACACAGCAGCCACGCGAGCGUACCUAUUCGGCACAGGCACCUGCGUCGGGCUGCAGCUCGCUGUUCCUGUCGAUGGGUCACGAACCGUUGCAUACAGCAACAGGAUCAGUGGGCGUUUCUUUGAAUGAGGACAGCGGAAACGCGAUGAGCAAAACACCCUCGCUACGAGAUAUGAUGAAAGCAAUGGAGACGCUGCUGCGUGCCGGCGCCAAAGCGCAGGAGCAGAGUCGCGCUCUUUGCGAACGUGGACCCCAUAUGACACAGGUAAUUGAGGAUGAGCUUCGCGUACUAGAGCAGACCUAUGAGUCGUGCAAGUCUGCGUUGGAGAAACUUUAUCAGAAGAAGAGAGAAGAAAUACUCACUCGGCCAUUGCAAGUACUCCGAGUCGCGGAUGCACGCCGCCCAUCUGUUUAG